UCUGUGCGAACGCAUGACCACACAGCACACGGGAGUGAAUAUGCGACAGACGCGUAACACGAAAUGCAAAGGCUGAACACGGACGAACUGUGUGGCAAGACGCAGACGGUCGUCUGCAGUGAAUUCAUCUCGGCCGAGAAACAUGCGCUUAAUCGGAAACACCAGCGCCCAGUACUCUAGUAUCUGCAAGAAGCUCGUCGGGGAGUUCCUAUUCCUGCGUGUCUUCCAAUUCCGUGUCGAGGUGGCAAUGUGUGGAACUCGUCUGAGAAUUGUUCUUUGGACGCUGGCUGUAAAAUUGCAGUCGUUUUGAUAAGCUUUAUGUGCGUUGGAAAUGUGUUGCCGCGGGUGAAAAAGAAGAGACUGAGGUGCGCGACACUGUCCGAAACGUAGCUACUGCGUUUAGGAAAUACUGGAGUCUUUUUAAUGUUUAUGCUAGCGUUCGGUCUCUCGGUCUUGUUUUACGCUGCGAUUCAAAGUAACUAAAGCUAUACAAGCGACAGAAGGAUGCAGGUAAACAAGCAGAGGAGUAUGGAUAGGAACGCUGAAGAGGAGCAACAUUAUCACAGACAGGAAAAGUCUUCGUGUUUCUCAAAUAUUAAGAUAUUCCUGGUGUCAGAAUGUGCGCUCAUGUUGGCACAAGGAACUGUCGGAGCGUACCUGGUGAGCGUUCUGACCACGCUGGAGCGGCGCUUCAACCUGCAGAGCACAGACGUGGGCGUGAUCGCCAGCAGCUUCGAGAUCGGGAACCUAGCCUUCAUCCUAUUCGUCAGCUACUUCGGGGCCAAGGCCCACCGGCCACGCCUGAUUGGCUGCGGCGGGAUCGUCAUGGCGCUGGGCGCCCUGCUGUCAGCCCUGCCGGAGUUCCUGGCGCACCAGUACGAGUACGAAGUGGGCGAGGACUGGCGUACAGAAGAGGGCCGGGACGUCUGCGGAAACGGUUCCCAUGCCGAUGGGCAGGACCCAGCACUCCUGUGCGGGAACCGUGCCAACACUAACAUGAUGUACUUGCUGCUGAUUGGGGCCCAGAUGCUGCUUGGGAUUGGGGCCACGCCAGUCCAGCCCCUGGGCGUUUCCUACAUUGACGAUCAUGUGCACAAGAAGGACUCCUCCCUUUAUAUAGGAAUCUUAUUCUCCACUAUGGUCUUUGGGCCAGCCUGUGGGUUCAUCCUAGGGUCGCUGUGUACCAAAAUCUAUGUGGAUGCCAUCUUCAUUGACACCAGUAAGUUGGACAUCACUCCGGAGGAUCCCCGCUGGAUUGGCGCUUGGUGGGCUGGCUUCCUGCUGUGCGGCGUCCUGCUCUUCUUCUCCGCGGUCUUCAUGUUUGGCUUCCCGCAGUCGCUGUCGGACUGGCCCGGCGAGGGCGCGGCCAAGGGAGAGGCUGAGAACCAGCAGCCCAUGCUCCCCACCGACAGCGGCCUGCCCCAGGACUCCGCGGGUUCCAAACCCAGCAAUGGGGCCCUGUGUCACCCAGAACCUGGGCCAAGCCUGUCCUGCUGCCAGCAGCUCAGAGUGAUACCCAAGGUGACCAAGCACCUGCUCUCGAACCCAGUGUUCACCUGCAUAAUCCUGGCAGCCUGUAUGGAGAUCGCCGUGGUGGCCGGCUUCGCCGCAUUCCUAGGGAAGUACCUGGAGCAGCAGUUCAAUCUCACCACUACCUCAGCCAAUCAGCUCCUGGGCAUGACGGCGAUCCCGUGCGCGUGUCUGGGUAUUUUCCUGGGGGGGCUUCUGGUGAAGAAGCUCAACCUAUCAGCCCUGGGGGCUGUGCGCAUGGCCAUGCUGGUCAAUCUGGUGUCCACCGCCUGCUACGUCACCUUCCUCUUCCUGGGCUGUGACACUGGGCCUGUCGCCGGGGUGACUGUUACCUACGGCGAUGAGAUCCUGCAGCCAGGGCAGAAGCCGGAGGCGGCUUGCAUUCGUAACUGUAACUGCUACACAGCCUCAGUAAGCCCUGUCUGUGGCUCCAACGAUGUCACUUACCUUUCUGCUUGCUUCGCUGGCUGCACAAAAGACAAUCUGACGGGGUGCACGUGCAUCUCCAGUGACCUCAGCAACGCCACGGCCGUGCCGGGGAAGUGCCCCAGCCCUGGCUGCCAGGAGGCCUUCCUCAUCUUCCUCUGCAUCAUCUGUGCCUGCAGCAUGAUCGGAGCCAUGGCACAGACCCCCUCUGUCAUGAUCCUCAUCAGAACGGUGAGCCCGGAGCUGAAGUCUUACGCACUCGGAGUCCUAUUCCUGCUGCUGCGACUGUUAGGUUUUAUACCUCCCCCGCUGAUCUUCGGUGCCGGGAUCGACUCGACGUGCUUAUUUUGGAGCACGGUUUGCGGGGAAACGGGGGCCUGCAUGCUGUACGACAACGUGGCGUACCGCCACCUGUAUGUCAGCUUCGCCAUCGUCCUGAAGGUGGUGGCAUUCCUGCUGUACGCCACCACCUGGCAGUGCUUGCGCAAGAACUACAAGAAAUACAUCAAGAACGAGGGAUGUCUGACCCCGACCGAACACUUCUCCAACCUGACUUUAGACAAUGCGGGGAAAGACCUGGGCCAGAAGCCUGCUCAGAGGACAAAGUUUAUAUAUAGCCUGGAGGAUCAUGAACUGUGCGAGAACAUGGAGUCUGUUUUAUAAUCUUUGAGUGCAGGGGAAGCAGCCCCGUUCAAGCUCAGCUUUCAUGUUAGUCUCUUGAAGAAUCUUUCUAUAUUUUAUUUUUGAAAUAAAGAAACCUUUUUAAGUGAGAUAAAAAGGUUUUUCCGUCAGAAGAUUCCUAUUCGGACAGAGGUGGUGGUGCCCUGUCACCCCCUCCCUGAAAGACUUGCUGCUGGGGUUUUUUUUUUAGCUGUGCUUUGAGACUGUUGAGGGGUUGUGUGUGUCAGUGAGUCAUUUGAUCCCUGCCCAUUGGCACCUGUUGCAGCCAACAUCAGAUAUGGAUACAAAAUAGCUAGCUUCUCAAUUGUAAUUUAUUUUCAGAUCAGGAUUUCUACUCAUCCUUCACCCAUGUUUAUUUUCUGUUUAAAUACCCCAUGUAAUAGCAUUUUUCUUACAUAUAAGCCACAAGAUUAAGAUUUGUACUUAGUUUUUCCACAAUUACACAGAUUCUAUUUGUACAUUUUUCCCGAAUUAGAAACACAGGAGCUCAGUGUUUCUAAAUGGGGAAAGCUCUGACACAGUGUGUCCCUUCUAAUGGAUAUUCACUUCAAAGGCGCUGGCAAAAUAUGAUAGUAUUUAUUCUCUUUGGUUCUUUAUUUGAUAUAAUAUCUAUUAAGUGUAAUUUAUUCUGAACUAUGAAGCUCACUUUGAUUGCACAUCGAUGUAAUUGGGCUUCUGAGCUAAUGGGCCACAGUAGAGCUGGCAGGUCACAAUAUGAGUAGACUGCUGGUUUCACUAUAGAAACAUGAGUGUUUUGGGGUAAGUGAGGUGGGCUGUAAGGAGUCUAGUUUUAAAGGCCAAAGACCCACGGCUCACUAUAUAUCAGCGUAUGUUGCACAACAAGAUGCAGUGAAGACAAUUCUGUCUGCUGUUUUCCACUGUAAGCAUCAGACAUUUUGUGUGUGUAUAAUUUUUUUAUCAUUUGACAUGUAAUGUUUGAGAGCCUGUUUCUGUAACUGCAACUUUUUUCCUAUUUUUUGUAACUAGAAAAGUAGUUACGUAUUUUGUCUGAAGAUGCAGUUUUGUUGGGGUUUAUUACAAACAGUCAUUUUAUUCUUCUAAUUUAAGGGUGCUUCAACAGAAUAUCAAAUUUAGUUUGUCUUAAAGAGUUUCAUUGGUUCAUUAAUUUCUUAAUUUAUGGAGUAUUCACAUAUAUUUAUUUCAUAUAAUUUUUAUUCCACACUGGUACCACAGUUGGAGAAUAUAUACAGUGUAGUCCACAAGUAUUUGUACAGUGGUACAAUUUCUGUUCUUUUGGCUCUGUACUCCAGUAGAUUGCAUGUGGAAUGAAGCAGAUGCUUCUGUACACUUCAGAAUUAAUUUUGCUGCUGCUAUCAACAGUACAUCAUCAAUGAAGGCAAGUGAGCCAGCACCUGUGAUAGCCAUACAUGCCCAAACUACAACAUCCCACCAUGUUUCACAGCUUUGCUUCUUGAGCUGUUUCUUUUAGCCUCCAUACUUUGCUCUACACAUCACUCUGAAAAUUAGUCAAUCUCAGUCUCAUCUGUCCUCAUACAAUACCUUUUCCCAGAACUCUGCAUCCUCUUUUAGGUACCACUUAGCAAACUGUAACCUGGCCAUCCUGUUUUUGCAGCUAACUAGUGGUUUACAUCUUGCAGUGUUGCCCUCUUUAGAUCUGUUUGUGAGGUAUUCUGCUGAGAGCAGUCACCUGCCUCCCGAAUACUUUUUCUGAUCUGUCAGACGAGUGUUUGGGGUUUUUUCUUAAUUAUGGCGAUAAUUUUUUGGUCAUCGACUGUAGAGGUCUUUCUAGGCCUACCAGCCCCAGUGCAAUUACUUAACUCAUCAGUGCUCUCUUUCUGCUUAGUGAUGUUCCAAACAGUCUAUUUUGGUAAGCUUAUUGUUUGGCCCAUGUCUCUGACUGUUUUUGUCUUAUUUCUCAGCCUCAUAAUGGCUCCCCUGAUAUAACUCUGAUUCUCAUGUUGACAAAUGCCUAUAACAGACAGAAGCAACUAAACACUGACAGAUCAGAAACAGCUGUGAAGCCAACUGUCCAAUUAAUUUUGGUCCUGUAAAAUGGAGGGGCUAUGUAUAUAAAUGGAUGUAAUUCCUACACAAAUUACCUGAUUUGGAUGCAAAUACCUUUGAAUUAAAGGUGACAGCGUGCACUUUAACCUUCCAUUCAUUGUUCAUUUAAAAUCCAUUGUGCUGAAGUACAGAGCCAAAGGAACAGAAAUUGUAUCACUGUCCAAAUACUUUGGGCCUGCACUGUAUAUCCAUUGUGCAAAAUAUCUUAUUUUUCAAUGAGGAGUGAUUCCUCAAGCAGAGAAAAAAGCAGAACUUUAGAUAUACAUUUUAUUUUAUUUUUUUUGUCACAACCUCAGAUUUUUAAAGGAUAUAUUCUUGAUUGCUAAUAUAUGAUGAUAGUAUUAAUACUUUGAAAAAAUAUAUUUUACAGUACUAUGUUUACAUGCUCAUAAAAAAUCUAACCAGGACAACCACUGUCAUUUAACAGUACAAAUUAGUGACACUUCUCUAAAAGCUUAGGCAAUAAGACACAGAGGGAUAUCCCGUAAAGGCAUACUUAAUCAGCUUGCCAACAGGAGCAUACAGCUACAUGACGUGUCAGCUGAAAUCCGUUUCUUUGAUGUGGAUGCCUAGGGUCAAACAUUCUCAAUUGCCCUGCCAUUUGCCAUUAUUGAUCUGAAUUUUAGACUUUUAAUAAUUCACUGCAUUGUAUUAUAUUGUUGGCCCUUUUCUCACAAUUGUAUUAUCCUAAUCACUUUCAUGAAGUAGUUUUUUUCCUUCUUUGUGUCAAACAUUUGUUGAGUUACAUCACUAACCAAAAAUGAUCACUAGCCAAACAAGGUCAGUCUUUUCAUUAUUAAAAAAAUAAAUAAAAGUAAAAUAAAUGAAACAAUCAUUAUCAAACUGAAGGCAUACUACUGGGUUUUAUGGCUUUGCGUGUAGUUACCUACAGUAUAUAAAUCAAUUGCCUGCAAGCCAUUCAAAUUGUAAUCUCACAAGAAACUUGACAAUUAUCAGGACAGCUGUUCUUACUUUCCAUAUCUAUCUUGCAUUUAAUGUGUGUAUGUGCGGGAGGAUGGUCAUAUGGAAUGUAUUGCCCUUAGUAGGUCAAAUUGAGUGUGCUUGGUUUUUGCAAUAUAGCGGUCAUAGCUAUUUGCAGCUGGAUUGUGCAUUUAUUAGCAAUGGGGCUUCCACAGCAAAAACGUUCAGUACAAAAUCAACUCUGCCAAAGUACAUUUAACUAAUAUCGAUGUAGUUUACAAUAGACUAAUAAACUGAGUUCACAUCGCUGAAAAUGUUGCUGUGCAGGGUGAUGAUGCUUGGGUUUUCUGUUGUUGUUUUUGCAUACUGUUAAACUGGUCUCAGGCUCCAGCAAUAACGCACGAAAGACGUGGCAUAUUUUGGUUUCUAAAUUCUCUCUGACGUUACCUUGCGUUAAGCUUGCAGUAGUUAAGUAUCCGUUUUUCAUAGAUUAUUAUUCUAUUGACACUAAUAUUUAUAAUCAGUUCUCCAUAUCAUAUCAUUUUGUAUCAAACAACUUUAUUUUUUAUCUUCUUUUUCUGAUAGUAAACAGCUCUACUAAACAGAACAUUAUUGUACCUAAAAGGUAAAAGGAAUGGCAUUAUUAUUUUCGAGCCUGGUCUCACACUAAUUUGACGACUGGUGACAGAAUGUUCUGACCACUGAAAUCGGCCUCUACGUUCCUAAAUCUGAGCAUCCGCCACUAGCUGUUGAACCAAAACUGAGCACUCCAACGCGUGUGUACGAAAUGUUUUUGUGUCUUUAUGCUCAAUUAAUAUCGUUAAUGUUACAUCGUAACCCUAACGCUAACCAUAACCUCCGUUCCAAUUAUUUUGCCGUUUGCCAACGGAUUAUGUGUAAAUACAUCUAUUAUUUAAUUUAUCUGUUCAUAUUUAUAUCUAUUAUAUUUCUUUCCAUCGCUUUUUGCCAUUUGCCGACGUAUUAUAUGUAAAUACAUAUAUUAUUUAAUUUAUGUGUUCAUAUGUUAUAUCUGUUAUAUCUCUCCUUGCAUUUGCAGAAUGUCGUCGUGGGGUGGCGCUUAUCCAGGAUUCGGUGUAUGUUAACCAAUUUCCAUGGCAUGGAAAAUCGGUGCUGAAAUGUUAUUUUCAGCCAAGUUUUAAUCUACAAUUAUUAAAUAGUGUCUUUUGGGUGAGGUUACUAGCCAGUCAGUCACUUGCAUUGCCCACCCUCUAUGUGCUCCCCCCUAGGAAUAUUUCCUAUGCAGUCGAAUUUGUCACCUGUUUGUUUUUUUUUGUUUUUUUGUCAGAUUCACAUUAUGAAGAUCAGUUAGAAGAAAAAAAGUAGACAAACAGAAAACUGGGACUACAUACAGUACUGUGCAAGUCUGUAAGGGGAAGAUGCUUUAAAUUAAAUUAAAAGGUUCCAUAUAUCAAAAACAUGUACGACAGUAUAAAGAUCAGUAAACAGUUAAAAGCUAAAUCAAAUCAAAUGUGUUGUGACUACCCUUCACCAUUAAAACUGGAUCACUUCUCUUAGGUUCACUGUCUGGUAAGUUGUUUCAAACGUUGGACUUUCCAACUCUUCGGCAGACUUUGUCUGUCUCACUUGCUUCUGUCUCUCCAGGUAAUCCCAGACACCCUUGAUCAAGUUUGAUCUGAAAAGUGUUCUAUUACUUAAUAUGUUAUUCUAUUUAAUAAAAUACAAACAAAACAUCUGUAAACAAAUGUUGUUGUUGUUGUUUGGAAAUCUCAAAUUUGUUAUGCUCUACUGACACACCUAUGCAGAAAAAGAAAAUGUAAGGAAUAUUUAAAGAAGCCUAAGACCUUUGCAUAAUGUCAGUGUAAUAUUGGGGUUGGGAAGGGGCUGAGAGAAAUAAAGAGGCUGGAAAUUAAAUAAACCAAAGCUUUUAUUUUUAACUGAUAUAUACUGUAUAUAGCAACCAGUUUGUAAAGUGUGUUGGUUUUUUAUUGCAUCCUGAGGUGGGCCAAUUUAGCAGCAAAUCCAAUGUUCUAAAACAUCAUCUGAUGGAUAUAUUUUGAAAGAUGUAUUUUCCAUAAUAAAGAUUUUUUUCUG